AUGAGGGUCCGACCGCUUUCGGCGGCCCUGCUUUUCGUCCUACUCUCUCUACUCUCCGAGGUUUCAAGCGCAGAGGACAUAUAUUGGGAAGGAGAAGACGAUGUUUCAAAUGAAUACUUGGAGGUGGAUGAUGUAGACGCGGGUAUUGGCAAGCACUUACGGCGACUUAAACGAGACUUUUGGUCCUUCUUCACAUCCAGUACGCCAGCUCCAGAAAAUUAUGAAAGCGUUACAGGAGAUGACGAAGAUAUUGGAGACAAAUACGAAGAAGUAGAAAAUGAAGUUGACGGUGGUUCUGGUGUUCCGGACAGGCUUGAACCAGAACAGAAAGAGAAAACUCUUCGUGUAACAUUUGUUGUGAGAGAGCCAUACCAAAUGAAUUACUCAAACAGAGAUUCGCUAGCAUUCCAAAACUUCUCGAAGUCUUUGGCGGAUGCUGUAAACGCAUUGUUCAGAGAUCUUCCUGGAACACAUAGAGCUAGUUUAGUUAGGAUACAAUCAAUAGCGACAGACGAAUUCUCUUGCAAAGUCACACUGGAAAUUGUCACCACGGGCUACGAAGACACCGACAAAAUUGCAAAUAUCCUUCGUCAACAUAUCGAAAAGAAGAUGAAACUAGGUGAUGUGGCUGUCAGUGAUGAAGAUUUUAGCGCUACUGUUAUAGAUACAGCUUAUAACACGCCACUUGACACUUGCUCCUUGGAUGAACUGAGCUGCUCCGACGGUCGGUGUGUCCCAGGUUCAGCCAGGUGCGACAGAGUCAGAGACUGUCCAGAUGGUUCCGAUGAAAUUGGGUGUCCUUUCGAAACAAAUGAAGAACAAAGCCCAGAUGAUGGUGGUGAUGAUUACCCGAAUCCUGAUAUAGGCGAAACAGAAGACAAGUCUAAUCCAGAAUAUAAACCUGAUAAUGAGGAUGAUGAUCGUUUGAUAACUCCAUACGAGAAGAACAAUGAAGCUGGAGAAGGGAACCGUGUUCCUUCAUAUGACAACUCCACAUAUACAGAGAACGACGACGAUAACCUCAUAAGCCCCUACGAUCCACGUAACAAUAACGAAAACAAUAUCGAUUCUGAACGAUAUCCUGGCGGAGACAGGGGUGACACUCCAGAACAACCAUCGGAUACUGUAACUGACUAUCCAGGUGUGGACCAAUCACCACAAAUUUGUCCUGAUAACGAGAUGCAGUGCGAUGAAACACGCUGCGUACCACUGGACAAAAGGUGUGACCGCUACCCAGACUGUAAUGACGGCAAAGAUGAAGAAAAUUGUCCUGACCAAUCAUGCGGUAUUGAUGACUUCAGAUGUGAUGAUGGAAAAUGCAUAGAAGGAUACCGGCGCUGCGACCGCGUGGUGGAUUGCGCGUCCAGCGAGGAUGAACAAGCCUGUGAUUGUAGACCUGAUGAAUUCCGUUGCUUAGUUGAUGGCUCCUGCAUAGAAGACAGGAAGCGCUGUGAUGGCAUCAACCAUUGUUUGGACGGCUCUGACGAAUACGAUUGUGCAAAGGGAUACUUUAGAUGCAGAGGUGGCAAGUUAAUACCCGAAAGCGCGAGAUGUAACCGUCGAUACGAUUGUGACCCUGGAGAUUAUUCCGAUGAACAGUAUAAUUGUCCAUGUGGUGAUGGCGACUUCAAAUGUGACAAUGGCUUCUGCAUUCCCAGAUCGAAACAUUGUGACAGAACGCAUGAUUGUCAAGAUGGUUCUGAUGAACGAGAUUGCAUUUAUGGCUCCAUAUGCAUGGCUUAUGAAUAUAAAUGUUCGAGCGGACAAUGCGUUCAGGCCGAAUCUCGGUGCAACGGGACAGUGGAGUGUGACGAUGGUUCGGACGAAAAAAAUUGCCCAUGUAAAAGGGAUCAAUAUGAAUGCCGCGAUGGCACAUGUAUUAAUAUUGCAAACCGUUGCAAUGGCCACAGAGAUUGUCGGCCAAACGGUGAAGACGAAAUUAACUGCGAAGAAGUGCGUUGCCCUGCAGAAAGCUUCACUUGCGAUCCUAGCUCCAGCGUACCUUGUGCGUCACGCUGCGAUGGCAUCCCAGAGUGCGAUAAUGGUGAAGAUGAAGAUGGUUGUACUGAUUGCGCGCACAAAUGCGACGGCAGAUGUAUUGAAGAACAACAAAUUUGCGACACGAUCCCCGACUGUUCCGAUGCAUCUGAUGAGAUCAAUUGCAAUAAUUGCGAUGGACCGAACGACUUCAGAUGUAGAAAUGGCGAAUGUAUCAAAGCAUCUCAACACUGCAAUGGAGUGGCGGAAUGCGCCGACGCAAGUGACGAGUUGCAGUGCAAUGAUACUAUGACGACUGGACCGCUGCUCUGCUACGCCAACCAGUUUCAAUGCCGAAACGGCAUGUGCAUAGACAGCCAAUUCUUCUGCGACAAUCACGCAGACUGCACAGACAACUCCGACGAAGAGAAUUGCCCUUGCGACGCGGGUUACUGGCAAUGCCGGACAGGACAAUGUAUUCUUGACUCUGAGCAUUGUGACGGCAGCGUUCAGUGCAGCGACGGCUCUGAUGAGUAUGACUGCCCCACCACGUACCGGCCUUUCAUUACGGAGCACCCGUUUACUGUACAGCCACCAGUGAAGCAGCCCCCUCAAUACUUCACAACAACUCCUGUGCCAUAUUUCCCUCCAUAUGUUCCGGACAACAGAGUAGAGAUAUGUGAGAGAAACCAAUGGCGUUGCGAAAAUGGGCCUUGUAUUGAUGCGUUUCGACGAUGCGAUGGUCACGUGGAUUGUCCAAGAGAUGGCAGCGAUGAAUUCGAUUGCCCACCAGGCAGUCCCGUGGCUCUGAAUUUGAAAAGCUAUCCAGAGGAACAAACAGUGAGAAACGGUGGUGACGUGGUCUUCUCUUGUCGUGACGAGGGGCCGCUCAGAGCUCCAGUCAGAUGGGUGAGAGAAGGCGGCAGAUCUCUUAAGCCCGGUUCAGUUGAUAGGAACGGUCGGCUCGAAAUGAACCAUGUCACCACAGCGGACAGCGGUGUUUACAUUUGUCAAACACCCAGAUACUUGGGUACCCCAGGAUCAGAAUUGAGAGUCAUUCUUAAAGUAGAGAGUGCUCCGAUUACCUUCAGACCACCAUUUUUGGCAUGCCAACACAACGAAGCGACAUGUGCAAGUGGACAGUGUAUACUCAAAUCAGCUGUUUGCGACGGCAGAAUUGAUUGUGAUGACGGUUCUGAUGAAGACACUUGCGGCCAUAAUGGAAUGUGUCAACCUAAUGAAUAUCAGUGCGCGAACAACAAGUGUGUCCUUAAGACCUGGUUCUGUGACUCCGAUGACGAUUGUGGAGAUGGGUCUGAUGAAGCGAAUUGCGGCUUAUCGGAUUCAGCCCAAAACUGUAGCCGGACUGAAUUUGAAUGCGCCAGCAAGAAUCAAUGUAUACCCAGAAGCUUCCAUUGCGACAGGCAGAGUGAUUGCCUUGAUAGGUCUGAUGAAAUUGGAUGCGCGCCUGUUCAUGUGACGCGGCCUCCCGCACCAGCGUAUGUAAGACUGAACCCAGGUGAUACUCUGAGUCUAGUGUGUGAAGCAGUAGGAGUUCCAAUGCCACUAAUAUCUUGGAGGUUGAACUGGGGUCACGUACCACAAAAGUGUACCUCCACUAGUGAAAAUGGAAUUGGUACACUCACCUGCCCGGAUAUGCAAACGGAAGACAGUGGUGCGUACUCGUGUGAAGCUAUUAACAAUGGUGGAACAGUUUUCGCCGUACCAGACUCCAUAGUUUACGUCAACAGGUCUGAAGCCCUCUGUCCGGCCGGAUACUUCAACAGCGAGGCACGCUCUCAAAGUGAAUGUAUUCGUUGUUUCUGCUUCGGAGAGUCGACCACUUGCAAGAGCGCAGACUUGUUCACGUACAAUAUGCCCACGCCGCUUGGAGAAGGUGGCACCAGACUUAUCGGUGUAAGCCAGGCCUACCAGGGAGAUAUUCAAAUUGACAAACAACAGCCGAUUAACAACCAAUACUACUACCAGCCACUCCGUAACGGUGCUACAGUAACAAAAUUGGCGGACUUCAGUCCUGCAUGGUCAAGGAAUACUCUCAAUGCUCACCCAUACUUAACUCUACCGGAGACCUACAAUGCCAACCAACUUACAUCAUAUGGUGGUUAUAUUAAAUAUAGAAUUUCACCACAUAAUCCCCAACAAUACGAAUACGAUGACAACCUUGCUGAUGUUAUUAUUAUUGGAAAAUACCAAACUCUUCUGCAUCAACACCGUGGUGAUCGCGACCGCAAUAUUGAAAUUGAGGCACGCUUGACUCCAGAUAACUGGAUGAAGCCAAGCCCACGUGGGCAAAUUCCAGUCACAAGAGAGGAUAUUAUGAUGGCAUUGGACGACAUUGAAAUGAUAUUACUUCGCGCUGACCUGAACAACGCUGGUGUUAACAUCACAGACUUCACUAUGGAGUCAGCACAGCACAUAAACGUUGGUCUUGGGGCUGCUAGCUUAGUUGAGGAAUGUAGUUGCCCACCGGGAUACGAAGGCUUGUCUUGUCAGAAAUGUGCAUCGGGAUACAUAAGAGAAAGUUCUGGCCCCUGGCUGGGAUCAUGUGUACCCAGGCGGGCUUGCCCACCAGGCACAUAUGGCGACCCUAACAGCGGCGGUGACUGCAGACCAUGUCCAUGUCCGCUAACUAACAGAGAAAACCAAUUUGCUAGAACUUGCUCACUUGGUCCCAGUGGAAUUGUUAUUUGCGACUGUCAACAAGGCUAUGAAGGAAAUGACUGCAGCCGAUGCGCUCCCAACUAUUUUGGAAACCCAUUGAUACCUGGGGACUCUUGUAAGCCAAAACCAUCUGACAACUGCAAUGCAUUAGGAACAGCACAAGUAAGAUUGCCAGAUGAGUGCGUCUGCAAGGACAAUGUUCAAGGAAGAUACUGUGAUCAAUGCAAAGCCGGAACUUUCUUCCUUUCCGAUGACAACCGAGACGGAUGUGCAUCAUGUUUCUGUUCAGGAGUAUCACAACAGUGUAUGAGCAGCAACCUUCGUAGGAAAACAACAAAUGUUCGUUUCAAUGUACCUCAAAUAGUUGGCCAAGUUAAACUGUUCAAGAGUGCACCAUUUGGUUCUGGUGGCACAGUUAGAUACAAUGCACCAAUUGAAACUGACGCACAACCAGAGUUGCUUAGAGGAGAGAUCACACUCAGCAGUUUUGAUAGAGCACAGCCUUCAAUAUACUACUGGAGUCUACCUAUUAGUUUUGCUGGCGACAAAGUAACGUCCUAUGGCGGUUUCUUGAAUUAUGAACUGCGUCACGUACCGGUCCCUGGAGGACAAGUGUCCAGGAACCAUGCUGCUGAUGUUCAACUGAUUAGUGACAAUAGACUGACCUUCAAUUACUUUGGAAACUUUGACCCUGACAAUGAUGGAUAUCUGAAUGCUAGCAUACAAUUUUUGGAAAAAGGAUGGCAAAGGCCUGAUGGAAAAGAGGUUUCCCGAGAACACUUCCUUCUUGCUCUAGCAGAUGUAAAGACUAUUUUAGUGAAGGCAACAUAUACAACUAACACAGAAGUAGCUUCCGUCGUCAGUGCCAGUAUUGAAACAGCUGAACCUGGCGGUGAUGGUGCAUUAGCUCAACACGUGGAACAGUGUGUGUGUCCUGGAGGUUAUGUCGGGACAUCUUGUGAGGACUGUGCUCCUGGUUUUACAAGAACAUUGCGCGGAUUGUACUUGGAGCAUUGCGGACCCUGCGAAUGUAACGGUCAUUCCACCAUGUGCCAUCCAGAAACUGGUGUUUGUUAUGAUUGUGCCGAUAAUACUGCUGGGCCAAACUGUGAAGACUGCAGAGAAGGCUACGAAAGAGAUGGGUACAACAAUUGUGUCCCAAGCAGUUCAAGUACACCGACACCUUGCAACUGCGAUCCUCGUGGUGAAGAAAUGCCUUGCGAUGAAGCUGGCCGCUGUUCGUGUAAGCAGAAUGUAGAAGGGGAGACAUGUAGCCGCUGCAGACCAGGAACGUUUGGCCUCGACGCAUCUAACGCACUCGGAUGCUUGCCUUGUUAUUGCUCAGGAGUCACCAACAACUGUCAUGAGGCCAGUCAUUAUACUAGAAUACCAAUGGCGGCACCGAUUUUCGGAGAGAACUACGGUGGAUACUCAAUAACGGAUUUAAAUGGUGAACAAGUUAUCAACGACCAAUUCUUACCGGUUCCAAAUGAAAGUGAAUUGAUGUACAUCUUCUCAACUCCGCCAGCCGAAGAAUUGUACUGGUCCCUGCCCGUAUUCCCUGGUAAUCGAGUCCUUUCUUACGGUGGAUCGUUGUCGGUAACGCAGAAGUUCCAAACCGGCGGUUAUCCAGAGGAAUCUGCGCCUGGAACUGACGUGGUCCUCAUCGGUGAUGCAAUAUCAGUGUACUGGACCAACCCAACACCAAUUAGAUCUGGCGAAUCUUUGAGUUACCAAGUUCCAUUGCAAGAGAACGGCUGGUACAUCCUCAAUUCACCAAGACCAGCGAGCCGUCAAGACUUCAUGAGUGUAUUGAAGAACCUUCAACGCGUCCUCGUGAGGGCCACCCUUGUAGAGAAAAUCACAGCUACCGCGAUUGCCGACGUUUCCAUGGAUACGGCAGCUGAAAGCUUCGAUUCUACUUCUCCAGUAGCAAAGAGUGUUGAGGUGUGUAUGUGUCCCGAGGGAUACUCCGGAACCAGUUGUGAAACGUGCAAAGCUGGGUACUUCAAAGACCAGAACGGGCUCUGCCGCCAGUGCAACUGUAAUGGCCACGACUGCCAAUUGAAUAGCUACGACGAAGUUGAAUGUAAUUGCCGACCACCUUACACAGGCCCAGAUUGUUCUACAGUCGGCGUUAUAAUGGAACUGCAUCCGACCAUACAUGAAGACUACCACAACUCGAUCUUAGUCGGGGUAACGUUUACCUGCAAAUACCGAGCUCCAGAACCGCUAACAAUUAAGUUCUUCCACGAUGGAAUAGAAAUAAAGCCCUCGAAGCUAUAUAACGAAUCGAAGCUGUAUAAAGAUGGUUGGCGAGGAGAACAAAGCUGGAAAACCAUCUGGAAUACAAUCCGCGAAGGCGAUACUUACGAGUGCCGGACUUUCACUAAGGGGGGAUCUAUACUAGGCGUUCUAACGACUACCCUACCAGAAAAAGGCGGUGAGCCCAGCAUUGACCAAAACACAAGGCCACCACCACCGCAGAGCACAGUGGUUGUAAGAAUAACUAGCCCAACCAUCAAGAUUGAAGAAGUCGGUAGUACAGUUAACUUCACAUGUCAAGCCCAGAGCCGUAUGGUGCGUGGACCACUCCAAAUCAACUGGUACAAGGCUGAUGGUGAUUUGCCCCUGGACAGAACUCAGAUUAACCAAAGAACUGGAAUGCUGCUGAUCACCAACCUUCAAAUUUCCGACAGUGGAGUAUAUGUUUGUCAGACUUCUGAUGGUAUUUCUACGGAUCAAGCUAAAGCAACGCUCAAGGUGCCAGGAAACGAUAUGACCCUGCCAACGGUUUCGAUCUACCCGUCUAUCGUGGAGUACUACGAAGGCGACAGAAUUGAAUUGACCUGUUCGACAACUGGCAACCCAGCACCAAGAAUCACUUGGCAGAGAGCGAACAACCGCCCGCUACCAAGAUCAACAGUAACAUAUGACGCACUAUUGAUCAUUGAAAACGCAAGAGUUGAUGACUCUGGUGAAUAUAGGUGCAUAGCGUCUAACGCAGCCGGAUCUAGAGAUAGAACAGCGAUUGUGACAGUCCACCAAAGACCUUCAAAGCCAUCCUACCAGGAACUGUCAGUGUCUUCGUCUACCCCAGUCGUUGAUGAGGGUAAAAGCAUAACCAUAGUGUGUACGGCCACAGCAAGUGUACCAGCUGGAGCUAUUGAUUGGGUGAGGCAAGACGCUACAGAGUUCUUACCGAACGUAAGGGCUGCUAAUGGCGUUCUCUACAUAGACUACGCGCGUAGAGAGAACGCUGGUGUCUACAUCUGUCAAACGUCAGCUUUCGGUGUUAAUCCCACGCUCAUCACCCUUGAAGUUAGACCUCAAGGUACCCCGGCGCCGUCUGAAGUUUCAAAUAUUACCGUCUCUGUCGAUCACUUGAGAAUUCCAACUGGUGGGAGUGGGACAAUAGACUGUACACCACAAGGAUAUCCCUUACCGCUGGUUAAGUGGACUAAGUACCAAGAAACCUUCGGCCCAGGAACCAGUCAGCGUGAUAAUACACUUAUCAUUAGCAAUGCCCAGGAUAGCGAUCAAGGCUACUAUCUGUGCGAAGGAUCUGUUGAUGGAGUGCCUAUUGUUAGCAACUAUGUCUAUGUGGAAAUCGAAAAACGUGAGGCACCUCGAGUCGAAAUAUAUCCACCUGGAGAGAACUCGGUGACAUUGGGUAGCCAAUACCAGAUUCACUGUCGUGUUGUGGGUGGCAUUCCCGCUCCAGUUAUAACCUGGGAUAAGAACAGAGGACAGUUAUCACCCCAUGUGGAGAUACAGCAAAACAACAACGUACUCAGCUUCCAAACGGUAGAAGUGAAUGAUGAAGGUACAUACACAUGUACAGCAACGAAUGAAGCUGGAUCCUCAAGUGCAAGCGCAAUUGUGAAGGUCAGGUCCCCCCCUGAGAUCACAAUUACACCAAGCAAUUACCUCCAGGCUAUAAAGGGAGACCGUGUCGUGGUAGAAUGUCGAGCGGAUGGUUACCCAGAACCCAUGGUAUCUAUAAGACUAUCUGACCGUGAAAUUGUCCCGGCUUCACCAAGGAUUGCAGUACUGUCUCUAUCAUACGUAAAUGAGAGAAACGAAGGCGACUACACCUGUAUCGCCACUUCAGUUGCUGGAACAGUUAGAGAACAAUUCGCUAUCCGUGUCGAUAGAGGAGACGGCGGAUUUGGAAACGAUGAGGGCAGUGGCGAAUACGAAAUUGGACCAGAUUAUUCACCCGACGAAGGCUUCGACAGACCAAGCAACAUGGUAGCUAUAGAGGGACAGGAAAGUCGCUUGGGUUGCAAUACAUCCAACGAAUUCCAAGUAAUUUGGGGCAGAGCUGAUAGGAGACCUCUACAAUACAACGCUAGGCAAUAUGGCUCAGAACUCAUCAUUUACAACACUUCAAAAGCUGAUUCAGGCAGAUACGAAUGCACGCUGAUCAACCGCCGUACCAAUGACGUACAACAAUCUGUCUACACCAGUUUAGAUGUAAUGGCGCCGCCAAGAAUUACUCUACGCCCUCCAUCGCAAAUAGUCCACCCGGGACAGUCGCCAACCGUAGAAUGUGUGGUUGAAGGAGACGACAUUCUCAGCAUUUCUUGGAAACCCGUCGACAGAUUGCCGUCGAGCCGUGUGGAAAUCCGUGACUCUACUCUGUUGUUCCGUCAAAUCGAAGUGGAGGACGCUGGUAAAUACGAAUGCUUCGCGAUGAACCGAGUGGCAAAUGCCACAGCAAUAGCCGAAGUCAUCGUCAACGAAGAAGCGGAUCGCGCUACAUCGGAAUCGCAUGAUAACGAGCAAUACGCGCACGUUGGCGCCGCCGUCCACCUCAGCUGCAACGUCACCCAGCCAGGAUUAAAAAUAAGAUGGAACAAGGACGGACGCACGCUACCGCGCUCUGUGUCACAGAAGAAUGACGGCUCACUCUUCAUUAAACUCGCCCAAAAGACAGACAGCGGUCGCUAUGUUUGUAUUAUCUGGGACGGCUACGGACGACAGACUAGCAAUUACAUCAACCUCCACAUCGAGGGUGUUGAGUGCUCUGUAAACCAGUUUCGUUGUGAGGACGACAGUGGUUGUAUUGAUGAAGAUUUAAUUUGCGAUGGAUACGAUAAUUGUCUGGAUUCUAGCGAUGAGAAUAAGUGCAUAUUGAGGGAAAAGCGAUUGUUGAACUCGCAUAAGGAUCACCGGAGUUAUGGGACCCGAGACGAGGCGCCCGCCUUGAUCACUAUUGAUCAGCCAAGAAGACCGUUCAGGAUUGGAGAGAAGGUAGAAGUAGUGUGCAGAGGUCAAUCUAGAGACAUCAAAGUAUCCUGGGAAAGAUUCAGAACAAACCAAUAUGUGCAAACAAGGAUUUAUGGCGAUGGUGCAGUUCUUUUGAUUCCAAACGUGGAACAAUCGGACGCUGAUGUAUACAGAUGUACCGGAACCGACCCAUAUGGAAGAUCGUCUUGGGAUGACUUCGUGCUGGAAGUUGUGCCAGUGUCUGACUCAAAGCCUUAUCCCAUAAAUGACGAAGAGACAAUGUAUACGGCCCGCCUGGGUGACACGAUCGACUUGCCCUGCAGCAGUAACCUAGAAGAGCCUGUAGCUAUCGAAUGGAGGAGAGAGUUUUCACCGCUACCAUCCGGUAUAAGACAAUAUGAGCGCAACCUCCACCUUGACAGUGUGACGGAAGCGGACGCUGGUACAUAUGUUUGCCGCGUCAGAAAUAACGUGGCUCUUGUCGAGACCAGAGCAACUCUUCGUGUUGUAGGCAUUGUUCCUAAGUUUAAUGGCGAUGGAUGGUUGGCUCUACCCACCUUGAAAGACGCCUAUAUGCAGUUCGAAAUUGAGGUUUCAUUCAAGCCUGCUGAUUCCAACGGUAUCAUCUUGUACAAUAGUCAGAAGGAAGAUGGCACAGGUCAUUACUUGGUGUUGGAAUUGGUUGAUGGAGUACCACAGUUUACUCUCAAAUUCGACGCCGCUGAUGCCCUAGUGACUAGGGGAGACAGACCGCUUACAUUGAACGCUUGGCACACUGUUAGACUUAGACGAAGUGGUUCUAAAGUAACAAUGGACGUAGACAACACUGGACCGUUCUCAGCGGAAUCGUCCAUCCAAUAUCAAACCUUGGACCUUUACGCGCCCUUGUACAUCGGUAAUGCCCCGAUAGAUCGGCCCGAAGAACUAGAAUCUGCCUCUGGAUUUGUGGGAUGCGUAAGCAUGUUGAUACUAGGCAAGGAAGAAAAGAAUAUAAUGGCGGAUAGUUUCGACAGAAACAAUGUGUACGACUGCGAUUCCUGUACACCAAAUCUUUGCUUGAAUAAUGGAGUGUGCCAAGAGGCCCGCAACGAACGCGGCUACAUUUGUCUAUGCGCUGGUGGUUUUGCCGGUCAAAACUGCGACAAAACAGGCGAAGCUUGCCGGCCAGGUCUCUGUGGCCCGGGGAAAUGUACUGACACCGCUGACGGCUACAAAUGCGCUUGCCCCGUUACUUUUAUCGGCAAAAACUGCGAAAUGAGACAGAAUAUUGAAUACCCAGCGUUUACGGGCAGCGCCUUCCUCGCUAUAAAGCCGCCACAGACGUCACGCUACCUAAAAAUGUCGAUGAAGAUCAAAGCGAAGCCGCCAGUGACUGAUGGUAUUAUCAUGUACUGCGCGCAGUCACCGAGAGGUUACGGUGGAUUCACAUCGCUGACAGUACGAGAUGGACAUCUGGAGUUCCGUUAUGAUCUUGGUGAUGGUAGCGAACCUGUAGUACUCACAAGCAACAAGACCCUGCAAGCGAACCAAUGGACCUCGGUGCAGGUCAUCAGAAGUGGCCAGCUCGUUUCAUUGAAUGUGGAUAUGAUCUACAGUCACAAUGCUAGACUUGGUUCGCCUAAGGAUUUGAACCUCGAAACACCACUAUUUGUCGGCGGCGUUGACGACUCAAUAGUCCUUAACAAUAACACCGGCGUUAUUGGCGGUUUUAGCGGAUGCAUCAAGGAUGUGAAACUACAAGGAGACGAUCUAAACUUGAUCAAUUCCUCCAUACAAUCGGCGAAUGUUCAGGAAUGCGUCAACUAUGACCGCGGAGAUAUACCAGAUAUCGAAAGUGUAUGUUCACUGUGUCGCAACGGCGGCUACUGCACAAACCCUGACUCAGUCGCCUGCACGUGUCAACCUGGCUUCUCGGGCCAGUACUGUGAGCUCAGAGCACCAUUGAGUGAACAAAGGCGGCCUUUGGACAACCCAUGUUCCGCGCUACCUUGUAGAAAUGGCGGUACCUGUAAGACAGAUCGAUCGACUAGAAUGAACUAUACGUGCGACUGUCCUCUUGGAUACGCUGGUGUCAAUUGUCAAAUGUCCUUGGAACUACUGCAGAGCGUCGGUUUCAACGGUAACGGUUACCUGGAGUUACCAGCCAGCUAUUUGAGAUACGACAGAUUAGAACUGGAGCCAGUUGUUAUUGCACUUGCUGUACAUACAACGAACGACGGCGUGCUCCUGUACCAGAGGGAAGCUCAAUUGAGUGCAGGAGGAGACUACAUUCUUAUUAAGAUUGAGAGGGGCAUAGUUGUGAUGGAAUGGGACCUAGGUAGUGGUGUCAACACUUUGGCUAUUGAAGAUGUACACGUUGCUGAUGGCGAGAGUCACAAUAUAAUAGCGAAACUGUUCGUCGACAACCACGUUGAGUUGAAUGUAGACAAUGUGUCUAAGACGAAAAUGACAAACGGAAUCUCCAACGAGUUUUACGACCUAAUUAUGAAUGCAGACUCCAAUAUCUAUAUUGGUGGCGUACCGGAAAGGUGGAACGCUGAUGUCAACUAUUACCCGGGUCUAACCGGCUGCGUGGAGCAAGUUGAAUUCACUGGUUCGCUACGGGGUCUUAAGCUCGGAAAGGUCGCUGUAGCUGGAAGGAAUACACAGCGAUGCAAGGACCGAGUGACCUAUUACUGA